GGGCGAUCGACCGCCGAUCUACGAGACGCAACAAUCCAGGUACGUGCGAGAUUCAGUUCCAGAGACUCAACCAGAACUGAUCGGGUCGAAAAAAAGUACACGCCGGAAAAGCCACAAAGCCAAAGGCACGAUGACCGAGGCGGCACGGUCAAUCCAAAAGUGGACGCCAGAGGAGGAGUGCUUAUUGGCGUCGGCUUGGGUUGACGUCUCCGAGCAUCCUAUCAUUGUUUACGAGGAAUGCUCCUGGUCCCGGAGGAUCGGGACGAACGACGCCGAUGUUCUCCGGCUUGCCACGGCCUGGUAUCAAGACGACGGGUACCAAGGCAAGGUGCCCAUCGAUUUUUGGAGGAUUUUGAGCCGUUCCCCGAAGUGGCAACAACUCAACAAUCCCGACGGCAGAUCGUUCCGGAAAAGAUCCUCUGUCGACGCCGAGGUUGAGGUCGACGAGACUAUCGGUUCGUCCGAUCAAAUUCCUCCCUUCAACGUUGCAGAUUCAGAUGACGAGGACCUCAUUCCACGGCCGAUCGGAAGAAAGAAGGCAAAAUCCAUUGCCUCGGGUUCGGGAGGGUCCGGCUCUGUUUCCGCUUCUUCCCGCGACGAAAUCGACCGGGAAAUGGUUGAACAACUUCGGGCAUUCAAUCUCCGAGAACAAGAGAGGUUGAAACUAAAGGAGAAGGAGUUGAAGCUAAAGGAGCAGGAGGCCGAGAUGAAAGUCAUGGAAACCAACCUUUCUACGUUGUCGGAGAUUGGACGAAUGCUCUACGAGCAAAGAAUAAAAGAGAUCAAGGAGAAAUAUAAUUUUCCUUAGUUUUUUAUUUAAUGUAUCUUUUUUUUAUUAUUGUCGCUUUUUUUAUUUAAUGAAUGUAUUUUUUUUAUUAUUCGUGUUUCAAUAUAAUUAAAUAAUAAAUUAAUUACAUUUUAUUAAUUUAAUUUUAGAAGAUGUAUAUUUAAAAAUGUAAAAAAUGAAGGUUUGAAGCCCCA